AUGUCUGAAGAGGCGCCUCGAAAGCGCUCCCGCUUCGACCAGACCGAGCCGCGCAAAAAUUCCCGCUUCGAUCGUCGCUCGCGGUCUCCCUCGUCUCGCCAGAGCGAGCCUCGAAGAAGUCGCAGCCCUGUCCCUUCUCGCAGUCCAUCCACACAAGAUCCUAAGGCUGGCGCAUCGGAUGCGGCCGCCCGUGCUGCCGCGGCCGCUGCCAAAAUCAAUGCAGACCUCCAAGCGCGAAAAGGCAUCCAGCAUGUAGAUGUUCCGCCCAUCCGCUCUACCUCGAGUCCAACUCCUGCCCCCCCUCCGCCCAAGGUCUCCUCGGGUCAGAGUACGAGCAAUCUGGAUGGCGACAUCUACAUUGCCGACGGUGACUACAUCAAAGACAUAGAAGUCAAUGACUUGCGUAAUCGCUACACACUGACCAAAGGCUCGACUCAGAAGAUGAUCAAAGAAGAGACUGGCGCCGAUGUCACAACUCGAGGUUCAUACUAUCCCGAUAAGAGCUUGGCCACGGCUGCGAAUCCUCCCCUGUAUCUCCAUGUUACUAGUACCUCCAAGACAGGUCUAGAGAUGGCCAUCACCAAAAUUGAAGAGCUCAUGAAGCAGGAGCUACCCAAUCUGGUCGACGAGCGCCGCUUCCGCAGACGAGACCAAGACACCGUUGAGCGCGAUGAAUUCGGAAGGCGCAAAUGGCCCGAAGAGCGUAUCCCUCUCGACAUGGAAAAUGUUCCUGGCUUCAACCUCCGUGCCCAAGUUGUAGGCCAAGGAGGAGCCUACGUCAAGCAUAUUCAGCAAGAAAGCGGCUGCCGUGUUCAGAUCAAAGGCCGCGGUUCUGGCUUCAUGGAGCAUUCCACCGGCCAAGAGUCCGACGAACCCAUGUAUCUUCACGUCGCCGGUCCUCAGCCGCAGCAGGUCGAAAAAGGCAAAGAGCUGUGCUUGGAUCUCUUGAAGAGCGUCCGCCAGAACUACGAGAACUUCAAAGCGAACCCGCCACCACAGCGUAUGGAGAGCUACACCGAUGGCUAUGGGGCCGAUGCUCACCGCAGCUCCUAUUCCGGCUAUGGUCGUUCUUCAUCGUACCACUCCGGCUACAAUCAGAGCAACCCUUCGCCUGCUCCUGGAACUACACCUACGACACCCGCUACCGCCAUGUCCCCUACUGGUGGCGCCGCCGCUGUCCCUCAGAUGCCAGACCAGGCCACCAUUGAUUACUACGCCCAGUAUUACGCAAGCCAGCCAGGCGGUGACCCAUAUGCCGCGUAUGGCGGCUACGCUAAUUACGUUUACACUUACUACCAGUCUUACUAUCAGCAGCCUCAGCAACCCCAGCAGCAAGCUCCUCCGCCACCUCCAUCUGGCGCUCCUGGAGCAAGCUCGUGGGAUCAGCCACCUCCACCACCGCCACCUGGUGCGUAG